CUUGUUUAUGUCCUGGAGAGAGAGAGAGAGGGAGAUAGAGCCAGGUGGGAGAGAGACACAGAGACAGAUGCUUGUUUAUGUCCUGGAGAGAGAGAGGGAGAUAGAGCCAGGUGGGAGAGAGACACAGAGACAGAUGCUUGUUUAUGUCCUGGAGAGAGAGAGGGAGAUAGAGCCAGGUGGGAGAGAGACACAGAGACAGAUGCUUGUUUAUGUCCUGGAGAGAGAGAGGGAGAUAGAGCCAGGUGGGAGAGAGACACAGAGACAGAUGCUUGUUUAUGUCCUGGAGAGAGAGAGGGAGAUAGAGCCAGGUGGGAGAGAGACACAGAGACAGGCGCUUGUUUAUGUCCUGGAGAGAGAGAGGAAGAUAGAGCCAGGUGGGAGAGAGACACAGAGACAGGCGCUUGUUUAUGUCCUGGAGAGAGAGAGGGAGAUAGAGCCAGGUGGGAGAGAGACACAGAGACAGACACUUGUUUAUGUCCUGGAGAGAGAGAGGGAGAUAGAGCCAGGUGGGAGAGAGACACAGAGACAGAUGCUUGUUUAUGUCCUGGAGAGAGAGAGGGAGAUAGAGCCAGGUGGGAGAGAGACACAGAGACAGAUGCUUGUUUAUGUCCUGGAGAGAGAGAGGGAGAUAGAGCCAGGUGGGAGAGAGACACAGAGACAGAUGCUUGUUUAUGUCCUGGAGAGAGAGAGGGAGAUAGAGCCAGGUGGGAGAGAGACACAGAGACAGAUGCUUGUUUAUGUCCUGGAGAGAGAGAGGGAGAUAGAGCCAGGUGGGAGAGAGACACAGAGACAGAUGCUUGUUUAUGUCCUGGAGAGAGAGAGGGAGAUAGAGCCAGGUGGGAGAGAGACACAGAGACAGAUGCUUGUUUACGUCCUGGAGAGAGAGAGGGAGAUAGAGCCAGGUGGGAGAGAGACAAAGAGACAGGGAUGAGAUUAUACCUGUAUGUUCAAUCAGUUAAUCAAAUCAAUAUUAUUAUUGUGAUACAUUUUCUGUAUAUAAGAGUAUACAGUUACCACUGGCCUGUUCAGGAUUGGGGGUCAAUUCCACAUCAAUGCAGUCAAUUUAGGAAGUUGAUUGAAAUUACAAUACUGAAAGGUCCUCUGAAUUAAUUUACUGAAUUGAAAUGGAUUUGACUCCAUGGUUGUGAUACAUCCAUUACUAACAAUCACAUCUGUAGUCCACAUUGAACUACAUCUCCCAACAUACCUCACUCUCCUCUAUUGCCUACUCCAGGCAGGGUGCCAAUCAUCCCUGGUUUCCAUGGCAGCACUGCCUGGCCCAGACCCAACCUUCCCACAGGAUAUGUCCCCAAUGUGUGUGUGUGUGUGUGUGUGUGUGUGUGUGUGUGUGUGUGUGUGUGUGUGUGUGUGUGUGUGUGUGUGUGUGUGUGUGUGUGUGUGUGUGUGUGUGUGUGUGUGUGCGUGUGUGUGUGUGUGUGUGUGUGUGUGUGUGUGUGUGUGUGUGUGUGUGUGUGUGUGUGUGUGUGUGUGUGUGUGUGUGUGUGUGUGUGUGUGUGUGUGUGUGUGUGUGUGUGUGUGUGUACGUGAACACGUACACAAGCACAAUGGUCAUAAACAACAUUUGCAGCUUGACACAAUGGCAUUGUAGGACCAUACUGCUUUCAUUAUACAACGGAGAACUACACAAAUGAAAAUGUAAACUCUAUAUUUGGCCAUGUAUGAAUGUGGAAUCUUAAUGUUUUGUAGAGAUGAAAGGCUGUUAGCACAUUGAAUGGAGAGACAACAACAUGGAACUAGAGCUGUGACGGUGUGCUGGUAAAUGUCAUGCAAAUGACAGACAGUCACACGGUAAUUGACCGUUAAUUAACAUAAACAUGUUUAGCAUCUCUGGGCAUUGGAACAUCUACAUUUUAAAAAGUUGAAUAAAUCAAUUAAAUAUAGCCUACACCGUUACAAUAAUAUAUAUGAUUUAUUUAGUUGUGAAAGGCUUGUAAAAGCUGGGAAUGUAUUCCAAAAUAUAAAGGCAGCAUGUUGCAACUCAAUAUUAACUCUGUAUUGCUGAUUUGGAAAAGUCACAAAGAAAGGCCUGCACUCUGAUCCUUCCUACAGAAGGAGACAACUGCAUCGCUGCUCUGCUUGUGUGGCGAACCAGUUAGGGGUAUCUACUCAACGGAAGGUGAAAUUAAAAUGACAAGACAAGGCUACAACCACCGAAAGUCAACAGGUAGACUGCUAUUUAAGCUAUGAUCUGAAUGGAGUUGGUAUUUUGGGUAGCUAAUUGUAAGAAGUGCAGUAACAUUAUGGCUGGCCUCAAGUAGCCUAGGUAGCUAGUUUCUCUCAGUUUGAUGAUGUCAAGACAGGUAAUAUGCAAUCGAACAGGAGGAUAAAUAACUAGCGAGAAGUUAGUGUAGCGUAAGAUAAGUGGUUGUGGUCUCUCCCUGUUCCUGCUCUGGUGCUCCAAUCCUCCUGUGUCUUACUCACACAUUCACCCACCGCACGGCCUCCACUCCCUUAUAGUCUCCAGCUGUUCACUCUGCCUCCACUCCCUUAUAGUCUCCAGCUGUUCACUCUGCCUCCACUCCCUUAUAGUCUCCAGCUGUUCACUCUGCCCCCACUCCCUUAUAGUCUCCAGCUGUUCACUCUGCCUCCACUCCCUUAUAGUCUCCAGCUGUUCACUCUGCCUCCACUCCCUUAUAGUCUCCAGCUGUUCACUCUGCCUCCACUCCCUUAUAGUCUCCAGCUGUUCACUCUGCCUCCACACCCUUAUAGUAUACAGCUGUUCACUCUGCCUCCACUCCCUUAUAGUCUCCAGCUGUUCACUCUGCCUCCACUCCCUUAUAGUCUCCAGCUGUUCACUCUGCCUCCACACCCUUAUAGUCUCCAGCUGUUCACUCUGCCUCCACUCCCUUAUAGUCUCCAGCUGUUCACUCUGCCUCCACUCCCUUAUAGUCUCCAGCUGUUCACUCUGCCCCCACUCCCUUAUAGUCUCCAGCUGUUCACUCUGCCUCCACUCCCUUAUAGUCUCCAGCUGUUCACUCUGCCUCCACUCCCUUAUAGUCUCCAGCUGUUCACUCUGCCUCCACUCCCUUAUAGUCUCCAGCUGUUCACUCUGCCCCCACUCCCUUAUAGUCUCCAGCUGUUCACUCUGCCUCCACUCCCUUAUAGUCUCCAGCUGUUCACCCUGCCUCCACUCCCUUAUAGUCUCCAGCUGUUCACUCUGCCUCCACUCCCUUAUAGUAUACAGCUGUUCACUCUGCCUCCACUCCCUUAUAGUCUCCAGCUGUUCACUCUGCCCCCACUCCCUUAUAGUCUCCAGCUGUUCACUCUGCCCCCACUCCCUUAUAGUCUCCAGCUGUUCACUCUGCCUCCACUCCCUUAUAGUCUCCAGCUGUUCACUCUGCCUCCACUCCCUUAUAGUCUCCAGCUGUUCACUCUGCCUCCACUCCCUUAUAGUCUCCAGCUGUUCACUCUGCCCCCACUCCCUUAUAGUCUCCAGCUGUUCACUCUGCCUCCACUCCCUUAUAGUCUCCAGCUGUUCACUCUGCCUCCACUCCCUUAUAGUCUCCAUCUGUUCACUCUGCCUCCACUCCCUUAUAGUCUCCAGCUGUUCACUCUGCCCCCACUCCCUUAUAGUCUCCAGCUGUUCACUCUGCCUCCACUCCCUUAUAGUCUCCAGCUGUUCACCCUGCCUCCACUCCCUUAUAGUCUCCAGCUGUUCACUCUGCCUCCACUCCCUUAUAGUAUACAGCUGUUCACUCUGCCUCCACUCCCUUAUAGUCUCCAGCUGUUCACUCUGCCCCCACUCCCUUAUAGUCUCCAGCUGUUCACUCUGCCCCCACUCCCUUAUAGUCUCCAGCUGUUCACUCUGCCUCCACUCCCUUAUAGUCUCCAGCUGUUCACUCUGCCUCCACUCCCUUAUAGUCUCCAGCUGUUCACUCUGCCUCCACUCCCUUAUAGUCUCCAGCUGUUCACUCUGCCUCCACUCCCUUAUAGUCUCCAGCUGUCCACUCUGCCUCCACUCCCUUAUAGUCUCCAGCUGUUCACUCUGCCUCCACUCCCUUAUAGUCUCCAGCUGUUCACUCUGCCUCCACUCCCUUAUAGUCUCCAGCUGUUCACUCUGCCUCCACUCCCUUAUAGUCUCCAGCUGUUCACUCUGCCUCCACUCCCUUAUAGUAUACAGCUGUUCAC